AUGGCUCGGCGCUGCCACCACUGCGUGGGAUUAUCCAUCGAAUCCUUAAUACGCCUGGCCAAAGAUGAAUUCAAGGGCUACCACGAAUUUCCAAAACAAGCCUUCUAUCAACACCACAAUUCUCUUCAGGACCUCGAAGCAUCAGCAGAGAGCGGUUGCGAACUUUGCACCCUGAUCUUGGAUUGCUUCAAGGGUGCUCAGGUAGAGGAUGCAGAUGAUCGCCCUAUGGCCUGGCCGGAAGACUGGGUCAGUGACAACCAUGAGCUGGGUACCUCAAUGUUUACUGUUGCCAAGGGGCUUGAUGAUUCGAGCAUCCGUAUAGCCAUCAGCGCGGAUCAUGUGUACGCGACAGCGGGAAUUGAGGACGUCUCGCAGUUUGACACCCUCUUGGUCCAGAUAGGGCCUAGAGAUGACGGCCCUGAGGCGGUGAUGGACUGGGUGCUUCCACCGUUGCCUUUGGCUAUAACUGUGGCUCGUGGCGACGUUUUCAAAAUCGACGAGUACCAGAUCGGGCAUUUCGAACUUGUUGCAGACCUCGCCGCUAUGGAAAACUUCGAGAUCGCCCGGGGAUGGCUCAAGACUUGCAGGACUGAGCAUGCCCAUUGUCCCUCUGACGAUCCCCCUGUCCUACCGACUCGCGUCAUCGACGUCGGUACUGCACCCGAUUUCCAGGACCUUCGAAUCUUCUUGUCUGCGGGAACGAAGGACCACUAUGUGGCUCUCAGCCACUGCUGGGGCGGCUCCAUCACGCCACUGCUUACAACAAAAACACUCGAGUAUUUCACAUCCUCGCUUCCUUAUACCGAAUUACCUGCCAACUUUCAGCACGCAAUCACCAUCACCAGAGAGAUGAAGGUCCGAUAUCUCUGGAUCGAUAGCCUCUGUAUCAUCCAGGACUCGAAGCGAGACUGGGAACGAGAAUCUGUGAAGAUGGCGAAAGUCUAUCGAGAUUCCAUGUUCACCAUCUCAGCGCUGGCGUCCUCAGGGAGCAAAUGCGGGAUCCUUGCAAACAGCCCUAGGUCGGCGCGAUCGCCCAAGCCCGUCACUCUGACUAUGACCACAAGCGACUCCAAGAGUCACGAAGUGAAGAUUUCCUUAGUCAAUGCAAAGGGCGAGUAUCUCAACGAGCUGGCCAACAGGUGCCCACUGUCCAGCCGGGGAUGGUGUCUUCAAGAGGCCGUUCUGUCUCCUCGACAUUUGUAUUACGGCCAGGAACAAAUCUACUGGCGUUGUCCUUCCGGCUUCCAUGACGCAGAAGGAUGCGGGCCGGGGCGCCGCUUCCCGUCUGAUGCGUACGACGGCAUAGCAUCUGCGCUCUAUGGAGAGAUCCUUCGAGACACGCGCCCAAGAUUGGCCCCUAGUGAGAUGACCCAGCACGAGGAUGUAAAUGGCGUUCUUACCGAGUACUACCUUCUUGUGCAAGACUACUCGCACAGGGAGCUGACUUUUAGCUCCGACAAGCUUCCCGCAUUUUCUGGUGUCGCACAGCGCCUCCAUACUGCGGUCGGCGGGGCGUACCUUGCGGGUCUCUGGAGCACAGACAUCUGCCGCGCCCUCUCAUGGCGUGCGGAGGGCAGAACGGCGAAGCACGUGCGGCCAGCCCGUACGCCUUCGUGGAGCUGGGCGGUCACUGAUGAGUGGGUCUGGUUUGACGUUGGCUCAGAGCCACCAGAGGAUGGAGAUGCAUCCUUGAACUUGCAACUACUCGAGCAUGAGAUCAAGCUGCACGACAAGGACAAUGCCUAUGGACAGGUGGAAUCAGGGAGCCUGACAGUCAGGGGCCUCACCACGACAAUGGCCCGCAGCUCACAGCUGGUGAAUGCCUGGCCUUGCAGCUUCAGCAUUGGGACGGUGCACCUUGACAACGAGGACAUUGACGAGGAGCUCGGCCCAGGGGUAGAUGGGCGGAUGGCGAUGUGGUCGCUGUUUCGAAAGAUGGGGGAGACGGGGCUUAUCUCCAUUGUGACUACGGCAGGCCACGAGGAUGACUGGGAGAUAGAACAGGAGGCUAUUCAUCCUGAGGAUUACUUGGUUCUACUUGUCUACGCCGAACUUGAGGGAGAAGGCGAGUGGACUGAGCGUGCGUCUUGUCUCCUUCUACAGCAGGACGAUAGAGAAGGGGGAAAUACGUAUAGAAGAGUGGGCGUCGCCAGGCUGGACGCGCUGAAAGUAGCGUGGCUUAGAAGUUGGGAAGAGACAACGCUUAGGCUUAUCUAG